AUGUCGAUGUCGAAGAGCUCCAAGAUGCUGCAGUACAUCAACUACCGGAUGCGCGUGACAAUCCUGGACAGCCGCCAGCUCAUCGAAAAAUUCAUGGCGUUCGACUCCCACAUGAAUCUCGUCCUCGGCGAUUGCGAGGAGUUCCGAAAGCAGCCUCCGACUAAAGGAUCUAAGGAAGAGCGCGAGGAUCGCCGGACCCUCGGACCGGUCCUCCUCCGCGGUGAGGAGGUCAUCUUCCUCACCGUCGAGGGCCCCCGCCCCCCGACGACUCCCGCCUCAAAACUGCAUCUGCCACCGCGCCAUGGGCCAAGCCUAGUCAAGCCUCGAGAUAGUUGA